CAGCGUCAGCGAGUGCGACGAUCGGUCAUGUCGUUUGCGCUCACCUCGAAUAUUCGUACAUGUACAAGGAGUUACCCACGGCUGCUUACUCGAAUUAGCUGUAAUCAGCUGUGAUCACGAAAGGAAAAAUAUGACGUUUUUGUGAUUUUCCAUUGGCAAAGUCCACAGAAAUGUAAAAAGGAUGUGGAGUUUAGUUAGUAGUAGUUUCUCGUGAGAAGCGAAAUAAAAAUUUUUUUAAAGGUGUAUACUUAGCUCAGAAUGAAAGACGUACAGUGGCAGAAAAAUUUGUAUGAAAAUUACGGAUUGCCGGAUAAUUACACGGACAGUUCCUUCUUAGAGCAAUUACGUAAAAAUAUAAAACCGAAUAAUGUAACGAUAAUAGAAGCGAUAAACUUGGGUGCCAGCAUAUCCACGAGAUUGAGUGUCGUUGUACUUUUCGUCAUGGUAUUUAUUUGGCUAAACAACGAAUGGACCACUCCGAAUGUUAUCGUAAUAUCAGGGAGCAUGUUGACGAUUCUUGGAUAUUUUACAUACAACAUGAAAGUACUAGAUCGAUCUGUAAAACCAACGAAGGAUCUGUGGACAGUAUUAAUAUUUCUAACGUUUGGAUAUAUAUUAUCACCCAUUUUAAAAACUUUGACAGAAACAAUCAGUACCGAUACAAUAUAUGCUAUGACGAUAUUUAUGUUCUUGACCCAUUUAAUAUUCAGCAAAUAUGGAUCGUCACAUAUCUUUCUUUCAGACUCUUUGUCCAUAACUUCUUCAAUCUUUGGCUCGUUAAUGUUGGCCUCUAGAUUAGCAUCACCAUUACAUGCCUUUUCGCUUUUAACAGUUUCAGUUCAGUGCUUUGUAUUAUUACCUUAUCUACUGUCGCAAAUAAAUAAUCAAAUUAUUAUAUCAACUGUUCUGACAAUUGGUACCAUAUAUUUACUUUUACAUGUUUCACAAAUAUUUUCUUACGUUUUUAUUAUUGCUGUAAUAUUCAUCCAUUUCAUUUGUCCACUCUGGUAUAUCAGGUGUCAAAAAUAUAAAGAUAACAUUUAUGGUCCUUGGGACGAGGCAGUAAUCGCUUCUUAAAAAAAGAAUAGAAUUACAUUUUUUUAAGAGUAUCAAUCAUA